AUGACGGUUGACAGCGCCGAAGCCGUGGCUGGUCCGGCUUCCCCGGCUGGCGUUGCUGGCGUUGAUGCCCCCGAGAAGUUAGCCGCCGCGAUCUCCUCGCUCGAAAUAGCACCGGACGAGCAGCUGCCGUCUGCGGGUACACCCAGUGGCGUUCCCGACGUGGCGACCCCUCCCCACCGGUCGCACGAUCCGCAGUACAACCAAAAGAGGAGCGACCCGUUCCAGUUUGGGUCGCGGUACCUGAACCAGGAGGACGACGUGUUCGAGUUCAAUGCGUGGGACCACGUCGAGACGGACGACACGUACAAAGAGUACGCAGAGCAGCAGUAUGCGAUGCAGCGGCAGGCGCCCGUGUCGGAUUUUGAUAAGACACGUUUCAACUCAGACCCAGCCAAGUGGUGGAAUCUGUUUUACAAGAACAACACGGCCAACUUUUUUAAGGAUCGAAAGUGGCUCCAGCAAGAGUUUCCGAUCUUGGACAAGGUGAUUCAAGAGGACGCCGGACCCGUCACGGUCCUAGAAAUAGGCGCCGGGGCGGGCAACACGGCCUUCCCUGUUCUCGCCCAAAACAAGAACCCGAAACUCAGACUGCAUGCCUGCGACUUCUCCAAGAAGGCGGUUGAGGUGAUGCGCAGCCAUGAGUCAUAUAACCCAGAGGUGAUGCAAGCCGAUGUAUGGGACGUAGCGGGCGAGGAGCUCCCUCCCGGCCUGGAAGAGGGAUCAGUGGACGUGGCGGUCAUGGUGUUCAUCUUCUCUGCACUUUCCCCAUUGCAGUGGCAGAAGGCGGUAGAGAACGUAUACCGCGUGCUCAAGCCUGGUGGCGAGGUCUGCUUCCGUGACUAUGGGAGAGGGGACCUGGCCCAGGUGCGGUUUAAGAAGGGGCGGUACCUUGAAGAGAACUUUUAUGUCCGCGGCGACGGCACGCGUGUCUACUUCUUUGAGAAGGACGAGCUGGCCGAAAUAUGGAGCGGCGAGCCCAGUGGGCUGGCCACCGAGGGCGAACAAAUUGCUGAGGCUGCCCCAACAUCGCAGCCAGCGGUCAGAUUCGGCAUAGAAGAGCUCGGUGUUGAUCGUAGACUGUUGGUGAACCGUGCCAAGAAGCUCAAGAUGUAUCGGUGCUGGAUCCAGGGCCGCUUUAGAAAAAAGUAA